CACAGUUGAGUUCGCGUGUAUGUCGCUACAUGGUCUAAAAUUUGUCGUUCUCUCAAAAUUCUCAAUAAUUUGGUUAUACAUAUUAGAUUAUUUAAUUUCUCAAUAGUAAUAGACUUAGGCCUAAGUAUAUCAAAAUUCUUCGAAUGUUUUAACUUGUUGACCAAAGAUGCUGAUAAUUUUAACAAGUUUGGUUUUCGCCUUCUCUCGUGGGUCGGUGUCAGCCCUAGAGGUAGUUUCUGUUACCUCCGCUGUCAAUGCUACCACUCCUCCGGUAUGGGACUACUACAACAAGCCAGUGAUGUAUUACCAGCCCGAGCAGGUCCACAUAGCUAUUGGAGAGAAUGUAUCGGCCAUUGUCGUCACCUGGUCUACCAAGAACUUCACAGAGUCUGUGGUGGAGUACGGGAUCAACGGACUGACUCUGCGGGCCACAGGAACUUCUACCAAGUUUGUUGACGACGGCCCUCGUAAAUUGUUCCAGUACAUUCAUCGAGUCACGCUGACUAAUCUUCAGCCUAAGUCUCACUAUAUGUACCACUGUGGCAGUAAGCUGGGCUGGUCAGAUAUCUUUGUGUUCAACACUGUGCCUGACUCCACUGACUGGUCUCCGAGACUGGCUGUCUACGGAGAUCUUGGCAAUGAGAACGCUCAGUCACUACCGAGACUGCAACAGGAGGUGGCUCAUGGAAAGUACGACAUGUUCCUUCACGUUGGGGACUUUGCUUACGAUAUGUUUGACGACAAUGGUGAGAUCGGAGACCAGUUUAUGAGACAGAUUGAGCCUAUUGCUGCUUACGUCCCUUACAUGGUAGCAGUUGGCAACCAUGAGGAGAGAUACAAUUUCAGUCACUACUCUUCCAGAUUCUCAAUGCCGAACACGAAAGACAACUUGUUCUACAGCUUCAACUUAGGCCCGGCUCACUUCAUAGGGUUUUCAACAGAGGUGUACUACUUCCUAGGUUACGGCAUCAAACAGGUGGUUCUGCAAUAUGAGUGGUUGGAGAAUGAUUUGAAGGAAGCCACAAAACCAGAGAACAGAGCUAAGCAUCCAUGGAUCAUCACGUUUGCCCAUCGACCCAUGUACUGCUCUGAUGACGACGGAGACGACUGCCUAAACUACGAAUCUCUUGUUCGUUCAGGAUUGCCAAUCGUCAAAUGGUUUGGCCUUGAAGAUCUGUUUGUGAAGUACGGAGUGGACCUGGAGAUCUGGGCUCAUGAACACUCUUAUGAGCGGCUGUGGCCUGUGUAUAAUCACAAGGUGUACAAUGGUAGCUGGGAACAUCCUUACACUAAUCCUGGGGCUCCUGUGCACAUAAUCACCGGCUCUGCUGGGUGUGAUGAAAAGGUAGACCCUUUUAUCAAGAAUCCUCGGGAGUGGUCAGCCUUCAGAUCCUCGGACUAUGGUUACACUCGGCUGCAGAUCCACAACUCUACUCAUCUCUACAUGGAGCAGGUCUCCGAUGAUCUGGAUGGCGCAGUGAUUGACUUCGUUUGGCUAAUCAAAGAAAAGCACGGCCCUUAUAAACUGGACAUGAAACCGUAAACCUUCAUAGUCAUCAUAUGAACCUACUCUGUAAUAUACUCUAUCAUAUUAUGAUCACUCUAGUUUACUAGAGUAUGAUUACACUAAGUGUGAUAAAGAAUACCUGUCGAUGUAAUUGUUUGCAUUAAUCAAAGUAGACAUUCAAGUUCAUUAAACGUAUAGAUAAUGGAUUAUUUUGUAUUGGUGAUAGGACUUAUUUUAAAGGUCAAGAAUGUAUUGCCAACAAUUAUUAUGUGAAGCUUAAGUUUAAAGAAUUUCUAAACCUAUAAGAAAAGAUGUACAUUCCGCUUGCAUUUAAUCUUCUAAAAUAUUUGAAGAGAAUAUUUAAAUAUUAAACUUAAUUUGUUCCUGUUUAAGUCAUUGAAUUCAGUUAUUAUUUGUUAAAUAUGUAAUCUUUUGUGUACCGAUGCUCAAAUUUGUGAGUUAUCAAUGGUCAAUGAGAUAAAAACACUCUUUCCCCAAACUGGCACAAUUCUUAUGAAGGGUUAAACAUAAAGAAGAUGCCACUGCAGUACAAACAAUUGAAACAAUUGAGUGAGUUAGAGUUUUUUUCUAGUCUUGUAGCCAAAUUGGAUAGAUUAACACACCCCAAAGCAACAUUAUAGCCCCUGGCAACACAAUUGUUAUGUUUUUAUGUAUGUACCAUAUAUUUUUUAACAAAUAAAUCUCUGUAAAUUUU